AUGAUAGAUCAUCCGCCAAGCAGGGUUGGGAUCACCCCCAAGAGACAGAAGCUUGAGCCGACCGAGAGAGAAGUCGAGUUAUGUUACAAACACGAAACGUAUCUUGUCUUAACCAAAAACAGUAAACCCAUCAGGGUAGUUCCAGCCGCGAAGCAUAACACGAGGAGUCUUCUUUAUGCCAGCAGAAUCCUCGUGUCUUGUUUCUCUGUAUCUGCGUUGUGGACUGAGAAACGAAGGAAGAAGGCAACUCCUGGAUCAGAUCCCUCCAUUUCCACCACUUUCAAACCGCGGUUGCUAUCUGUAGAAACAACGCGUCUACUAAAGAGCUUCUGGAGCAAACCCAUAUCGCGUGGCUCCAAGAGCGUAAGAAGGAAAUACACAGGCUUCGGGUUUUCUGAUUUCGGGUACUUGAGCUCCGAUAUCUGCACAACUUUCUUUGCCGGUGCGGAUACUUGUUUGAACACUUUGAAGUAUGGGCAGUUGCCAUCUAGAUCCCACACUGAUGCCUCUAUCGCCACAUCUGAUAGCUCCUUGGAAGUCGUGUUUACAACCUGCGCGUGUCAAAACGGAACGGCAGCCAUAGAAGCUGGCUGUUUGGUCGAGAAGAUGAUCGUAGAACUGGCCUCUGAGACCAGUCCAGGGGUUUUGGUUCUUCCAGAUCAAGACACCCGUGUUGAGGCUAAAACGGUCGAGAUCCUUGAUGUACCUUCAAGCAGAAGUCAUCGAGAUUCUCGGGAGCACCAUACAUCAGAAUCUGGCUUAGAAUAUGGGAUGUACUUGUGGUACUCCCACAUUCGAUUCGGCACUUCUUCCACAAACCCGUCUGAGCCCUUCUUAAACAGAGGAAUCUCCCAACCUUCUCGAGGCAUUGUCGCUCUUAUCGUCUCUGCAACUGGCAUUCCAACCGAACCCACCUCCGGAUUGAACCCAAACUUAUAG